AUGUCAGUGGCACUGAAGAGAGGGAUCAGCGUGAAGGCCGAGUCCAGAAAGUGCGCCGCGCGUUUCUGGAGGUUCUUUCCUCAUCUUUUGCUGAGUCUGUCUCUGGUGGCGUACGCGUCGCUAGGUGCGCUCAUGUUCCAGCACAUCGAGGGAGGGAGCGCGUCCGCCAACGUUACCCCGCAGGAGUACGCUGAGUUCCUGGAUCAGAUUGUUCGCACCGUCCAGAACUUCACCAAAAACGCCUCCUGCACACAUCAAGACAUAGUGAGGGAAGUGGAGUCUCAGAUGCGAUAUGACUUCAAGUCCAUAUGGCUCCAGAGACCUGACCGAUGGACUUUUUUUGGCUCCAUGUUCUUCUGCUGCACUGUAUUCACAACAGUCGGGUAUGGGGAGAUCUAUCCAGUUACCCUGCCUGGCAAGGUGGUGUGUGUCUUGUAUGCCAUGGUGGGCAUUCCUCUCAUGCUUCUGGUGAUCCUUGACGUGGGAGACUUCCUUGCUAUGCUGAUGACCAAAGCCUACAUACGCAUUCACUCCUUCUGCAAAAUCCUCCGCUCCCACACCUGGACACCAUGGAAGGCUAGGAAGAGGGAAGGAGAUUCUGAUCACCGGACCCUGGAGGACGGUACCUUUGUUUUCAGACAUGACAUUGUGAUCCGUGAACCCCUCGACAUCCGGCAGGUGCUGCACAGCCAAGCUGAUGUACGGCACAAAUCCAUCCAGCUGCAAAACAACAAAGAGAUCUUUGAGAAGAUUCUUGCCAGGGAGAAUUUGAUUAGAAGGGGCCCACUGCUCAGGACCCUCUCCUGCCCAGAGCUGGACCAGCUGCCACCACCACUCGAAGGAUAUACCAUAUGGGACUUCACAGGGUUAGGAGAUGGAAUGGAAAUGCUGGAUGUACCCUUUGUGUUGAUUCUUUUCAUCGUGUUUGCCUACAUUUUAUUUGGGGGCUUGAUUCUGCCCUUGUGGGAAACUGAAUUCGAGGGUUUUGACCCCUACUACUUCUGCUUCAUUACACUCACUACCAUUGGUUUUGGCGACAUUGUACCCAAUCACCCCAAGUAUUUCAUGCUUACCUCACUCUUCAUCAUUAUUGGCAUGGCCAUCAUGUCCAUGGCUUUCAAGCUGGGCCAAACACGAAUUGUAAUAUUCUACCGCCAAUUCUUAAAGUUCAUCAGCAGGGGAAACGUGGAGACUUUCAAGAAUGAAGAGAAGGACUAA